AUGAGUGAAGGUGCGGCCGCUGCCUCGCCACCUGGAGCCGCUUCGGCAGCCGCCGCCUCGGCCGAGGAGGGCACCGCGGCGGCUGCGGCGGCGGCAGCGGCGGGCGGGGGCCCGGACGGCGGCGGCGAAGGGGCGGCCGAGCCCCCCCGGGAGUUACGCUGUAGCGACUGCAUCGUGUGGAACCGGCAGCAGACGUGGCUGUGCGUGGUGCCUCUGUUCAUUGGCUUCAUCGGCCUGGGGCUCAGUCUCAUGCUCCUCAAAUGGAUCGUGGUGGGCUCCGUCAAGGAAUACGUGCCCACCGACCUGGUGGACUCCAAGGGGAUGGGCCAGGACCCUUUCUUCCUCUCCAAGCCCAGCUCCUUCCCCAAGGCCAUGGAGACCACCACCACGACUACUUCUACUGCGUCCCCCGCCACCCCCUCCGCCGGCGGUGCCGCCUCUUCCAGGACGCCCAACCGGAUUAGCACCCGCCUGACGACCAUCACGCGCGCGCCCACUCGCUUUCCCGGGCACCGGGUGCCUAUCCGGGCCAGCCCGCGCUCCACCACCGCACGGAACACUGCGGCCCCCCCGACGGUCCUGUCCACCACAGCCCCCUUCUUCAGUAGCAGCACGCCGGGCUCCCGACCCCCGGUGCCAGGAACCCCCAGUACCCAGGCAAUGCCCUCCUGGCCCACUGCGGCAUACGCUACCUCCUCCUACCUUCACGAUUCUACUCCGUCCUGGACCCUGUCUCCCUUUCAGGAUGCUGCCACCACCUCUUCCUCCUCUUCGUCUUCCUCCUCUUCUACCACCACCACACCAGAAACUACCACCAGCCCCAAAUUUCAUACAACGACGUAUUCCACGGAGCGGUCUGAGCACUUCAAACCCUGCCGAGACAAGGACCUCGCAUACUGUCUCAAUGAUGGCGAGUGCUUUGUGAUCGAGACGCUGACAGGAUCCCAUAAACACUGUCGGUGCAAAGAAGGCUACCAAGGAGUCCGUUGUGAUCAAUUUCUGCCGAAAACUGAUUCCAUCUUAUCGGAUCCAAACCACUUGGGGAUUGAAUUCAUGGAGAGUGAAGAAGUUUAUCAAAGGCAGGUGCUGUCAAUUUCAUGUAUCAUCUUUGGAAUUGUCAUCGUGGGCAUGUUCUGUGCAGCAUUCUACUUCAAAAGCAAGAAGCAAGCUAAACAAAUUCAAGAGCAGCUGAAAGAACCACAAAGUGGUAAAAACUACAGCCUCAAAGCAUCCAGCACAAUGGCAAAGUCAGAGAACUUGGCGAAAAAUCACGUCCAGCUGCAAAGUUAUUCAAAGGCGGAAAGGCAUCCUGUGACUGCAUUGGAGAAAAUGAUGGAGUCAAGUUUUGCCGGCCCUCAGUCAUUCCCAGAGGUCCCUUCUCCUGACAGAGGAAGCCAGUCUGUCAAACACCACAGGAAUCUCUCCUCUUGCUGCAGUCCAGGGCAAAGGAGUGGUAUGCUCCAUAGGAAUGCCUUCAGAAGAACACCCCCCUCACCGAGAAGUAGGCUGGGUGGCAUUGUGGGACCAGCAUAUCAGCAACUCGAGGAAUCAAGGAUCCCAGACCAGGAUACGAUACCUUGUCAAGGGUAUUCCUCCAGUGGUUUAAAAACCCAACAAAAUGCAUCCAUAAAUAUGCAACUGCCUUCAAGAGAGACAAAUUCCUAUUUUAAUAGCUUGGAUCAAAAGGACCUGUUGGGAUAUUCAUCCACGCGGGCCAGUUCCGUGCCCAUCAUCCCUUCAGUGGGUCUAGAGGAAACCUGCAUGCAAAUGCCAGGGAUUUCUGAAGUCAAAAGCAUCAAAUGGUACAAAAACUCCUACUCUGCUGACAUUGUCAAUGUGAGUAUUCCAGUCAGCGAUUGUCUCAUAGCAGAACAACAAGAAGUGAAAAUAUUGCUAGAAACUGUCCAGGAGCAGAUCCGAAUUCUGAGCGACGCCAGGCGGUCAGAAGACUACGAACUGGCCAGUGUAGAAACCGAGGACAGUGCAAGUGAAAACACAGCCUUUCUCCCCCUGAGUCCCACGGCCAAAUCAGAACGAGAGGCACAGUUUGUCUUAAGAAAUGAAAUACAAAGAGACUCCGCGUUGACCAAGUGACUGGAGAUGGAGGAAUCGGUGUGUUCUAUGCUUUGCUCAACAGGAAAAGAGAGGAAAUUAAAUACAAAUUAUUUAUAUGCAUUAAUUUAAGAGCAUCUACUUAGAAGAAACCAAAUAGUCUAUCGCCCUCAUAUCAUACUGUUUUUUAACAAAAUAUUUUUUUAAAGGGAAAGAAACGUUUCAGGAGGGAUAAAGCUUACAACUAAAGCUUUGGGUAGGAUUGUGAAUACAAUUUCAGUUAGUCCCAACACCGGGGCCUCUUUUGGCUCUUAGUAGAUGUGGGUGAUUCAGACCCUCAGCCCCACCGCACCAGUGUCCUCAUAAAAAAGCAUUGGCAGUUACCCGGUUUCAAAGAGACAAGCUGUAUCCUGAGGGCGGACGUGCCAAUGAGCAGGUGGCCCUUGCAUUUGGCUUGCAGGUCCCAACCCCUAAAUUUCUCUUCACUCGACAGCCUCCUCACAGGUUAUGUCAUGUCAACCAGUGUAGUGUUUUCUAUUUCAUUUUUGAAGAAUGGCACAAAGACUCUGAAAGAGGGAGGGCGGGAGAUAGAAGGCGUAAUCUGGGGCAAUCUUAGCUACUCUUACGUGCCGCUCCCUCUGAAAUUUGAAGGCACAGAAUCUCAGAGGGAGGUGUGAAGGAAAUUAUUAUAGAAAAAAAGAUGAGAAAAAUCACAAUGUCGUGUUACUAAAAUCAUGCGAUUAGAAGUGUUUUUCUUUGAGAUUGUGUAGGGGCUCCAAAGGAGCAUUUCUCAGUGUGUGUGUGUGUGUGUGUGCCUGUGUGUGUGUGUGUGUAUGU